UGACAGUAAGCAGGAGAUGGGAAAAGCAGUUGUUCCAAGUGCCUCCCAGUGACAGGAGUCAGCGCCACACAGCUGUCCCCGGCUCUCAGAAGGAACGAGCAGCAAACCCACUGCAGAGCCACAGGUAACUGUAGUACCCAUCAAACUUGCCGCGGGUCUGAAGACACACGGGAAGCGCCUGCUUCUUGAGACUAAGUCAAAAGGGCCUAAGUGUAAAAGCAUAGCCUGGGAGGAUGGCAGUGGCCCUGCUGGAGGGUUGGUGCGAGAUCAUGAGUGUAGAUGACCAGAAGGCGUUGAUGGUGACGGGCAUACCAGUGAACUGUGGUGAGCCUGAGAUCCAGGCGGCCCUGCAGGAGGCGCUCAAGUGUGUGGGCAACUACCGCCUGCUAGGCAAGCUAUUCCAGAAGCAAGACAACACCAACGCUGUCUUACUGGAGCUCACGGAGGACACGGAUAUGUCUGUGGUCCCCAGUGAGGUGCAGGGAAAGGGGGGUGUCUGGAAAGUGGUCUUUAAGACCCCUAACCAGGACACUGAGUUUCUCCAGAGACUGAACCUGUUUCUAGAAAAAGAAGGGCAGACGGUUGCGGGGAUGUUCCGAGCCCUUAAGCAGCAGGGAGUGUCUCCGGCUACCACAGCCUUCACAUCCCCUGAGUUACUGGCCCACUUUGUGGGGCAGGCAAUGGUUCACGCCCCAAGGCCCCCACUGCCCUUGAAGUACUGUAAGCUUCGAGUGUUCUCUGGAAGCACAGACCCUGCCCCAGAGGAGGAGUCCUUCGAGGUCUGGUUGGAACAGGCCACUGAGAUAGCCAAAGAGUGGCCCAUCCCUGAGGCCGAAAAGAAAAGGUGGGUGAUGGAGAGUCUUCGUGGCCCCGCCCUGGACCUCAUGCACAUUGUCCAGGCAGACAAUGCUUCCAUCAGCGUGGAAGAGUGUCUGGAGGCCUUUAAGCAGGUGUUUGGGAGCCUGGAGAGCCGUAGGUCCGCGCAGGUAAAAUACCUAAAGACGUAUCAGCAAGAAGGGGAGAAAAUCUCAGCCUACGUGCUCCGGUUGGAAACUCUGCUCCGGAGAGCUGUGGAAAAACGGGCUAUUCCCCGGAACAUUGCUGACCAGGUACGCCUGGAGCAGGUCAUGGCUGGAGCCAACCUUAACAAUGUUCUCUGGUGCCGGCUCCGGGAGCUGAAGGAUGAGGGCCCACUACCCUCCUUUUUGGAGCUGAUGAAGGUGGUCCGGGAGGAAGAAGAAGAAGAGGCCUACUUUGAGCAUGAGAGCAGGGAGGAGCCAGGGGAAAGAGAGGGCUAUCGCCGCUGGGACAAUGCAAGGAAUAACUGAGAGACCUCCCGGCCCCCCUUCACCUCCUGGUGGACACAGGGACAGUGCUUGACAAGGCUAAUCUUAUUACAGUGGGUUUUUCUCUAAUAUACAGGGUUGAAGUCAAGCAUUAGAAGCAUAUAUAUAUAUAUAUACAGGGUCUCACCUUAUAGCCCAGGCUGGCCUUGAGUUUGCACUCUUCCUGCAUCAAAGCCUCCCAAGCUGAGUUCUGCGAUUAGAGAGAUGUACCUAUUAGUGCCCCAUCUCAAUCUUUCUUUCUGAGGAAAAAAAUCGCCUGGACUCUGAGUAGAUUGGUUUGGGGGACUCUUAAGUAGAUUGUUAGUAAAUACAUGACUAAGUUCCUAAAAUACCUAAAGCUUCUGUACUUCAGUGUCCUUUAAGCUCAGCAGGGUCAGCCAGGUAGCUCAGUUGAUAAGGUUGCUUGGCAACCUCUUCAGAUGAUGUGGACAGGAAAUAGAAACUGGUUAGGCAGGAGCAGGAGAAGUGACUCGGAGGUUAAGCGCACUUGCUACUCUUCUAGAGGAAUUCAGAACCCAGCACCCACAUGGUGACUCACAACCAUUCAAACUCCAGUUUCAGGCUCUCUAACACCUUCUCCUGGUCUCCUUGGGCGCUGCACACAUGUGGUACACAUACAUAUGUGCAGCACACACCUGUAAAAUAAAUCUUUAGAAAAGAAAAGAAACUGGCUAGGCAGUUUAGGGGCAUUCCAAGAGUGUCCCUGGCUCUCUGAUCCAUGAAUGUCAUGAAGGAGCUUUGAUUUCUCGUUGUCAGCUUCAUGGAGGUUAUUUUGGGGUGGGACUGGGACCUCAGCCAGACACUAAUCGCUUUGUAAAUUGCUUUAGAAAUAGAUCUCUAGAUUUUCCUGAUAAAAAUGGCUUAUAUCUGUUCCCCAAUUUUAGCCCAUCCCCUAAAUGAUUUUAGGGUUAUAUCUUCAGAGGAGGGAAUUUUAUAGUGGCCUUGAUCAGGGCUUUUUGGAGUCUCAUUAAGAGAAAACCAUUGCCUUCUGGUCAGAAGAGUGGAAUCUAUCCACCUUUUGCCUAGGUGGAGACCUAACAUUCCAAACUAACCAAAAUAGAAGAGUUAAUCCAGUUGGGCAGGCCCAUCAGCUGACUAAUGGACUGCCCUUUAAGAAGACAGAUUCAUCCAACUCCAUGCGAAAGAGAUGGGAGGAAUAAUUAUCCCCUUAAUGAGAUCGUGUGCUUUUCUUUCCCAGAAUCCCUGGGAUCUGCACAGUCACUCCAGAGCCACCACAAAAUGUAACUUCCACUUGUUCUUUUGCCUGGGGCCCAAACCAAAGUAAGCUUUUUCUAGUACUUUGGGCUUUUUUUUUUUUUUUUUUUUUUU